AUGGCGACCCUAAUUCGUACGACAUUUGUUAAAAUUUUAUCUCCUGCUCAAGGCGGUAAAAUAGCAGUAUGCGGCCUUAUACAGAACAGGAGUAUAAUGGGCAAGGCUCUCCGUGAAUCUCUGCCACCGCCGCCUCCUAAACCAGCACCCUUUGAUUAUGUCAAUAAGGACUAUACUUGGAUAAGAAGCCUCUUUGAUCGAACUACUCAUAGGUUUGAUGAAAAUACCAAGGUGAUCAUAGUUGAAGGACCCGUAGCUGCAUCGAAGACGGAGUUCGCGAAAUGUCUUGCUGCGGACCUGGGUAUGAAACAUUACCCAGAAGCCAAUAUGGACAUCCAUUACAUCAGGCCCAAUGGCUGUGACCUGCGCAUGUUCGAUUCCCAAAUUCCAGAGGAUACCAGAACUUUUGAUCAUGUUGACUUUAACCGUAACCCAAAUCAUCGCCUGGCAGGCAAUUUCCAAAUCAUGAUGUACACAGCACGGUACCAACAGUAUAUUGAUGCUUUGGCCCAUUUACUUAACACUGGCCAGGGUGUGGUGCUAGAGAGGUCUCCUUAUUCUGACUUUGUCUUUCUUGAGGCCAUGUUCCAUCAAAAGUACAUAAGUAAGGGAGUUCGUUCUGUUUAUUAUGAACUAAGGAAUAACACCAUAGAAGAGUUGAUGAGACCUCAUUUGGUUAUAUACCUUGAUGUUCCUGUCCCAAAGGUAAUGGAAGCGAUUAAGUGCCGCAAUUUGGAACAUGAGGUGAACGGUAAAGCUCUGACCCCAGAGUUUCUGACAGAGGUUGAACGUCAGUAUAAGACAAAGUAUCUACGUGAUAUCUCCACCCAUGCUGAGCUAUUGGUGUAUGACUGGAGUGGUGGUGGUGAGGUUGAAGUGGUUGUAGAGGACAUUGAGCGCCUGAACUUUGAACAGUACACGGAGCGCGAAGAACCCAAGAUGAAAGAUUGGAGGAUUCCUCGUGAAGCUGAGUGGGCGGACCAGAGAAAGCUGUACACCAACAGCAAGCACUACCUCAUGAACCUGUUCGGAAUUCCACGUCUCGACGUACCGGAGCUGAUUACCAGUGCUGAAGACGCUUAUGCGAGGGAGCAGGUUAUCUAUGGGCAUCCCGAAUUUGAAUUCAUGGAAGGUUACACCAAGAAAGAAUCUGGACUUUUUACCAAGAACAAGAUCCCCAAGUACUAUGAAUAUGUUUAG